UUAAGCAGGAUUAACCACAAUUAACUGAAUAUGGCAAGUUUCAUCAAGUUAUGGGUUUGCCUUAUCUUGCUUCUACCCGAGCUCUCGGUGCAUCAAUGCCGGCCACUGGUUGGGGAAGAGAGGCCUUCAGAUUCGGGGAACAUAAGAAAGAUGAUGAGAGAACUUCUCAGAAGAUCAGAAGAGAUGAAGGUGAGAUCUAAAGGCGAGGAAACAGUCCUAGGCCAUACCCUUGAUUCAAAACGACUUAGCCCGGGUGGACCGGACCCUAGACAUCACUAAA